AUUCGCCGAGUGAAGUGGCGAUAAGGAGGAAUGUGGCUGGGGAUCUCAGCGUCAGGCUUGCGCAGGGUGAUUCCGUCAAUCAGGACAACGUCAGGUAAGCAUGGACCGAUUAAGAUGAUGAACUCCUAAUUCAAUCGUUCUGUGUGGUCAGGAUGCUCGUUUUCCCGGAGAGUGCGUUGAACGACAAUGAGACAUGCGCUGAUCUCGAGCCGGGCACGCGGACCUGGAGAGGGGACUGGCCAACCAAACUUUUCAAGCAGUUCUCACUCCCCUGCUGGCUCGGCACACAUGAAAGAAGUUGCUAUGCUCACAUGAUAGACCUGGUCCCAGCAGUUGACAGCCAAGGCAGGACCCUUACUUGGUGAGUGAUUCGGGCCCACGUAUUGCCCAGCUCUCUUUUUGUCAUACAGGAGUUUUCAGCUGACCGAGAAAGGGGUGUAUCACAUGUGUCUAUGCCUCCCAUCAUCUGGCACCUGCGAUGCUGACCUCCAGGAUGGCAACUUUCGAUAUGGGGCGUAUCCGAUUGACGGACCGAAAAUCAUCGUCUACUCGCCAGGUGUUGAAAGCACACUGAGAUAUGGCUCGACGUCGGAACGCAGAAGGCUUUCGCCCUCAGCAAGCGUCGAGUCAUCGAAUCAACAGACCCAGUACCUGUUCACAAACAAGAAAGGCAAUAUCAUUCUGUUCGGCAACGAUAUCGAGACACAUCAUGGGUAAAGGCAGAUAUCACAGUCACACGCCUUCAGAAGAUGUCUCUUGCCUUGCAUGUUGGCGUUCAGCAUUGUACUUGUUGAGGACCCCAAUGGCGUCUACGAUUGCACGAUCACUCAACCAGGGGAGUGGACGGACAAGAAAGACGCCCAACCCGAUGGGCUAAUUCAGCCGGACAAUGUGGUGCGAAUGAUGAAACGAACGGACGGAUCCAUCGCUGCACACUAUCUUUGUCCAUGCAGACGAGCUUCGGUCCAAGUACUGCAGCUGUGUGGAAGGAUGUCCACAUCACGGACGGCGGCCGAUACCGUGUGUGCUUCUGCGGCGGGCCGGUGGGACAUUGUGAGGAUGGCGACAACGCACCAAUACAGGGACCACCAGUGAUGGUCGUCGACUCAGGUAGGGAGACAUCCAAGGACGACAGUAAAUUCGUGUGGCCGUCGAUCCCGCAUUUUUGUGUGUGUGGGCACGUAUCAGUCUCCGUUCACUCGGAGAAACAUACCGUGACCAAGGACUGGCCGCAGCACAUCUACAUUGCCCGCAAGGGCAGUGCAGAUCCAGGAGAAGAGCCGUCCCAAACAGACAGGUAAGCAGAAACCAACAAUGGACGGAAUACAAAUGAACUGUCAAGUUGAUCAACAUCUCAGCGUUGAAUUCAAGAUGCUAAUUCCCGGAAAGGAUACCUGCGGCGACCUGACUCACCCACAUCUGUCGUCCGCUGAAGUGUCCCGGGACCCGCCUCACUACCCAUGGACACUCAACAUCACUGUAUGCGGAUCCGGAAAGGCCAAAGCACAUUUUCCGGUUGCUUUUCACGCCUCAUUGGCCUUGUGUUACUUGCGUGCCCUUCAGAACUCGUCUAUCCGGGUGUCGACUCUCCUUUUCAAAGAGGCACACGUGCCGGGUGUCGAUCCAGAUGUCUACCGGAUUUGUCAUUGUCAGUCCGACUCACUCACCAAUUGCGACGGAGUGAGUGGCUUCAAACAAAUGAUGGGCUACGUGCAGGUGCUCGAAGGUAAACAAAAUGACGACAAAAGACAAAUCGCUUCGCACCGUCGAUUCUCGCCUUGCGCGGUCGUGUUCAGCUGCCGAGGUCACCGCCUUCGUAGAGGGCGCCUACGAGACAUCUCAAGCCUUCAACCUGACACUAAAUGGGACGAACUUCAAUUCAGGAAACAGGCAAGCAGGCAGAUGUGUCGACGAAUGGUGUAUAUCCAGUCGUUUUUCUGGAUCAGGAUUCUCAUUGUGGAGUCGGUCGACGAGAACCAUAACUGUGGCGACCAUGAAGGACAGCUGGCUCCAACAGAUGCCGCCAAAGGCUACAAUGCGUCAUCUAGCUUUGGCGACUACUAUGUUGAUGGGAACGUCUCAGACGACCUCAACCAGAUCACGUGGACAGUGCACCUGUGGGCCCCCGGCACGUACGCGGUCUGCUUCUGCCCUCACAUGCAGUGUGUGGAUUAUGAGGCGUUGGGCAUCGACUUAAAGGUAAGCAAAAGACAUCGUUGCCGCUGCCAUGGUCGUUCUCAUUCGGAUGUGUCUGUCAGACCAACUCUGCAGUGCAUGCUGGCACCAUCACCAUUUCCUAUCCACCCUUCUACGCCACCAUGCGUAUCCUCACGCCAGUUUAUACAAAUCAGAACGAAUUUAAGAUGGAGAUCGAGUUCUCUCUGAGUGUUGUGCAGUCAGGUGGGGCGAUAGGACACACACAUGAAAGCGGUCUGACGCACUUUGGCUCUCUGUCUGCAGAUGACACAACGGCAGCUCAGAGCACCAUCGAGGUCAGCAACGGCCAGAUCACCCUCUUUAACGUCCUCUCGCCCCAGAAAUGGCAGCUCGAGGUGCAGGGCGAUUUGUCUCAGUCUGAGGUCCGUCGCCACUGAGGCAUUGGUGACGCGCAAUCUUGAGACCACUUGUUGCGUUGGCUUCGUUUCAGGCGGAGGCAUCUGUGCAGGAGGUGGCCGUCAUCCUGCACGGAGACAAAAUAAAGGAGAAGACCUAUCCCGAGCUUGGUCAGGAUCCCGACAGUGGGCGGUCUCUCCAGGUGAUUGAGACGGACAUUAACGGGACACUGUCGGGAGGCAACACCGCCAUCUUUUAUGUCGGUCGGUGGGCCGGAAAAAUCCGACAUGUAUGGAUGGAAGUCUGAGUACGAACAUGCGUCUCCCCUUGCUCGUGCAGACGUUAUCCCUCCAACCUUGACAAUCGUGUCACCCCUUGCGGGCGCCUGCAAUAGAACUCGACGCAAUGCCCCCCCGCCUCUCAUGAUCACCUCGUCUGAGACGGUCACUCUCACCGACGCAAGGAAGAUCGACGUCCGCAACGGGUGGCUGGAGAAGAAAGAUGUCCUCGAAAGCCAGCGAGGUGCUCAUUUCUGGCUGAAUGGCACGGACGGUGCGACUUACGUGCGGAUGCACAACGAGGGGCUGGUGACGGUGUCUGUAUUGGCAAAUGCUGCCUUGGACGAGGCGGGCAACGCCAACGAAGCAGGGAAUCAGUGCCUAUUCGUCUUUGGUACGAGACAUGAUGACUAUUCCAAGAGGCUUCUCACCUAUGCUCUUUCUGCCUGGUGGAUGUGUCGUAUCAGACGAGACGCGUCCUACCGUGACGCUGUCAAUAGAGAAUCCCUCUGAGCCGGCCACAGCUGAGGAAUGGACCUUCCUGCUGUCGUUCAGUGAGGAUAUGGCUCCUUUCGAGAGGGGCAACAUCACGUGCCGCAACUGCACGGUCAUCACCCUCGAGAGCCUGGAUGAGAGUUCCUCACAAGAGUACAGGGUGACAGCCCUGCCCGAUACAGAAGGCACGAUGAGUGCAACCAUCUCGGAAGGAGACGUCACCGACGUGGCCGGCAAUGGCAACGUGGCGGCUGAGCCCAUCGAGAGAAGCUACAGUGAGGAAGAGCACAAUGAUAUGAUAGAUCAAAUCGCCUCACUGUCUUUACGUGUCUCAAUGUCUCUUGCCUGUCUGCUCAGCAAAUAACCCGAAGAUGACUUUGGACACCGCAAGUGUGAGGAUGGCCGCCUUGAACCGCCCCACAGAUGUGCUUCUCGUCGAUUUUGCUCUCAAGCUGACCCUCACUGGAUCGCACCUUCAUGGCAACGACCGCCCUAUUCUCGUGGACGCAGAAGCGAUAUCAAAGUGUGAGUUGCUUUCUACAGAAAAGCUGGAUGGCCAGCUGGCGUCCAGAUGGAUGAGCUAUCACGUGCCAAAUACCCUGGAGGGUGUGAAAGACCUGAUUUGCACGAUGUCUGAUGAGGGCAGCGCGUUCGCCUGCGAGGGAUACUCCAUCAUGAAGGCCGGCACCUAUCGGAUGUGUGUGUGCGAUGCAUCUGAGAGGCCGGCAUCACGGUGCACGACACCAGGCAGCUACCACAAUGAAGCCAAGGAGCCCGCGACAUUUCAAUUUGUCGAAGGUUACUUGCUUCCUGACAUUUAUGUCAGACCACAUACUAUGUUGUCUCUUCCCUCAGAGCUAAUUCCUUGCGGCGGCUGCUCCUUCGGUUUCACUUGCGUCAACGGAGAAUGCGUGCCGAAAUGCGGCGAUGGCAUUUUGGUCACAGGCAUUGAGGUCUGCGAUGACGGUGAGCAUGAGCAAUAGCCACACAGCGCAAAAGGCACACAAAUAUUGUUUUCUAUUCACAGGCAACGCGAAAAGCGGCGAUGGGUGUGCUGGUGGCUGUCUGUCCAUCGAGCCGGGCUUCAAGUGCCAAACCACCACUGUCUCAUUCGGUGACGGACAGCCCUACAACACGUCGCGUUGCAGCGAGAAGUCCCUCUGCGACUCUCAAGAUGACCCUGACGUGCAUCCAUGCGACGCCUCGUCUGGAGAUCGGCCGCCGGCCUCGCUUUUGGUGCAGUGUAUGGAGAUGGAUUGCUCUCAGGAAAGUGGCGGGACACCCAGCAGAACGACCAUCGGCUGCUUCCGUAAGGCAGAGAGGAAAUCAGGCAUGUUCUGGUAGAUCUUCUGUAUUCUUACGAUACACAGCAAGCGGGUCUUCAUUCUCCCUCUGCCGAGAGCUCCGCCCGCCGAAGGUGUUGAGUCUUCGGUACGCGGAUCGCUCCUCUUCACGCCUUGCCCUGUCAUUCGACCGGCCGGCUCGACUGCGGCCUGACAAGACAGACAUUGACCUCUGCAGCAUCUUCGACGCACAAUCACGCGCCAAGUUGGGCAAGAACCCCGAGUGCCAGAUGGGUGAUGUCUCCACGCAGCUCUCCAUCAAGCUGGGCGGCGCUGCCUCAUCAACCACAUGCGACGAUCUGUUGGCGCCUGGCGAUGCGGUGGCUGUCGAGAGCGGGUACUUCCUCCGCGGCGACAUGACGGAUGCCGUGCUUGAGGCCUUUGACCAGUCCUCUCAUUAUCCUCCUCUCACGCAGUGGGCCGAUGGGUGGUUCGCUGCCGGAGCCACGCUGAAUGUGGAAGCCUACGUUGGACCAAUGGACGGCCAACUCGGGAUCGGGGUAGGAAAUCAUCCGUGGCGUUUUAAUUGCGUCUCAUCUUUUAAUACGUGACGACAGGUCAAGGUUUCCAAGGCCCCGGGCGUCCUUGGGCUGGGGCAUUCCCUCGAUGUGACGGCAGCCAUCCAGCGGUCAGCGGCUGGGCCGAUCGAAGUGACAUGGCAGUGUGUCGAGAACCAAACAAAUGUGCCGGCCAUCUGCACAGACAUCAACUCAUUCCUGACAAAGCGCGGAGGUGAGAUGGCGGGGAGCCACCACUCGGAUACUUGGCCCUCAAUGUUUCGUCCUGUUUGCAGCUCAGAGAGUGGUCACUGACCAGGCACGUCUCUUCAUCCCAACAAAGGAAAUGGAGAAGGCCAUUGAGGAGGCAGACAUCACACCACAGUCCACAAUGAACAUCAGCAUCACCGCCCGAGACUGCCUGUACAAUACAGCCUCUGACCAAGUCACCAUCGCCAUCUCCGCGAAGCGGUCACUCCCCAUUCUCACGAUCACACGAAUGACGCCGUCACCUCUUGCCGUCGGCUCGUCAGCGCCAUUCGUUCUAAAGGCUAAGCUCGAGACAUCAUCAGCGGGCCAGCGCCCUGAGAUCGUGUGGAGCUACCGGCUUGCCAACGAGACACAGUUCACACCUAUGAGCGACCAAUAUGAGCUCAACUAUAGGCUGUCGCCCAAUCUGAUGUCGUUGAGCUUCCCUGACGGCCUGACAGCGGGAGCAGAUUACACUUCUGAGGUCAAGGCGACGGCGCAGGCCCAUCAGGUGUCGACCACGGCGUAUUUCGAUGUGGUCGUCGAUGAUGUCCCACAAGUGCUGGCCUCUUUCCCAUCAGACUCCAUAGGUAGGGAGACGCACAUGAGAAAGCGGGAAUGCGAAGAACUACACAAGACGUAUCCUUUCAUUUACAGUCGCUUACAAUGAGUGUCCUCUGCUGCUAUCCGCUCGACUUUCGUCAAGCGACAUCCCUCGAGGCGCUUCCCAGAGCGGCGUCAACUACCAGUGGUACUGCUUCCCUGCUGCUUUGCCGCUGCCGAGAGAUGAAGACGGCAACAUGGUGACGGAAUACACACUCGAUGAGCUUGCUGCCCUCGUCGCUGAAGACGCAAAGUGCGCCAUGUCAUCAUCUGACGGCCGAUUUGGGGACGGCAAAAGCUAUUAGAACAUUGACGCCAUGACAGCCGGCCUCUACAUCUUUGCUGUGGGCGUGUCUUUGACGGAUUCCAUGAGCGAUGUCGUCCGGGCACAGGAGGUGCUGGUGCGGCAAGGGGCCGCUCCCGCGUUGCAGCUUAAUGUCUCGCUGAGAGAGGGGAAAAUGCCUGUGGACAUCCUGCACGCAUCCGUCAUCACCAUGCGAUCGCCUGCCGCCGCCUCAUCCGUGUGCUAUUCAGACGAGACGCUGUCGGUUAUCACUGGCCAGUGGUCCCUCAUCGAACUGUUGACUGAUGAGUUGCCACCGAUUUUGGAAGACAGCUCGCUCAAUGGCUAUGUCGUCAAGACACUGACGAGUGCAGAGGAUGGCUUACAAGACAGCGAGGCAGAGUCACUCAUGUCGACCCAGGUGGACUCAGUUGUCGUUGAGCCGUCUCUGAUGACACCGGGCGGAGCCUACGUUCUCAGAUACAGCUGGCAACUGCCGGAUGUGGCUGGCGUCCUUCAAAGCAACAAGUGGAUUGUCAACGUAGCGCCCUCACAGGGGAUGUUGCAGGCGACUUGCACUGUAGAGGACGCGCUGGUGACUCCGUCCACUAGCGGGGAACUCUUGACGGUCUUCGACUUCUCGCAGAGCUGGACGGACCCCGAUGAUGACCAAGAUACACUGGUGAGACGGCGGAAACAGGAUCUGGCCUCCCAUACCUCUGUCCGUUGCGUAUCAUCUGCAGGAGUACGCUCUAUAUAUCAGCAAGUCCCCUCUCCCAUGCGCAGACGCUAGAGACCUCACGCCAGGGAGUUUCGGCGACAUGUUCCGAGCUUUACAGGUGUUCCGCCCCUUCCAACGAUCGCUCAAGACUCGCCUACCAAUCGGGGAAGCUGCUGUGGUGGCUGUCGCGCGUGAUCCCUCCGGCGACACGUGUCUUGAAGGCUCCAGCGGCUUCAGUUGUCCGUGCAUCGAUAUGGCGGUACAACAGGAGGAACCACCGUCAGUCGGCGAACUCACCGGGCUGCUGGAUGAGGUGAGCCGGAACAAAAAGCAGCAGGAUCUACAUGCCACAUCUCUGUUAUCUUUUGCAGGCUGGCUCAAGCCUCGACGCAGAGACGCUAGGAAAUGCAAUGGUCGUCAUUGCGUCAGCUGCCGAUCCCGCCAACAAGACAGCAACACAGGCCGUCUUCAACAGCACUCUGGCCAAAUUCGGCGAGGCGCUGGCUUGGAUCGAUCCAUUGGAUGAAGAUGUCAAGGUUUUCGCCACAUCCCUCCGCAGCGUCGUCGAGGCCCAGUCGCCCGAGCAGAUCGGCGAAGACAGCACAAGGGUCACGUCAGCCUUCACGAGUUUGCUAGAGGUGUCCAUCGACGGGGGCGCGGGAAUCGACACCGAGACGGCUACCACAGUCGUCAAGGCGCUGGAUGUGGUCAUCGAGGGCAGAGAUGCUGGCGAUAGCUCGCCCGACAAGGUGGCGAGAGAGGCGGCUGCGACCGACUCGUUGGAGAAGACCAUUCAGACAGUGGGGACAGCCGUCAUUCAAACGUAACGAAUGGGCACAAUGGAUUCGGACGCAUGGCUGUCUGUCUUUGUUUGUAUGUGUCUCCUUUACUGCAGCAAGACAAAAGACGAUCCUCCAGUGACUGUGCACUCAGCCUCGCUGGACAUGGAGAUCAGUGUGGUGGACGUGGCGUCAGCCUCACAGGAGGGCUUCUCCGCUGCCGGCUUCAGCGUCCCGCCGCUCUCGCCGGCAGCUGGGGACUGCGAGGGCGACUUCACUCCCCUGGCGUCGGACUGGAAGAAAAACCCAUACAGCUGGGCCGACUCGACCGUCAACAUUUCCGGGCACAAACCAGCCAUCCGGGCGUUUGAGAUCCUUAGAUGUGGCGUUCCCGAGGAGGUCAAGAAUCUGCAAGAUCCCAUCCUGUUCUGCCUGGACCGGAAUGUCUCGGCUUUUGAUUGGGACGAUCUUCUGCUUUCUGCGAGGGAGGGCAAGGCUGAGGACGCGUCCGAGACAGACUUUGACGGCGAUUGUGGCUGUGCUGACGUGUCGACGAGACGACUGGCCAGGCCGAAAACCGAGCCACUGCUUCUGCCCCUCCCCACUAUAUCAUCGAUCCACAGCAGCAUACGGGCCCUUGUGCUGUCUCACAUGAGCAGGGAGACAGCCGAGACAGUCUUCGGGGCGUUCCUGGACCUUGACACCACUGGCAUUAUCGGAGCACCGCAUCGUCAGCUAUUCUUUGGCGGCCUGGAGUGGCAUGGCGGCGAUGCGGCAGAUUCCCUCAAACCUGGCGCCUUCGAGAAGCCCGCUGAAUCUGGCAACGUGACGGAGGAGUUUGAGCAGGACAUUGUGGACUCAGACUGCAGAUACUUUGACAAGGAGGCUCAGGAAUGGGUGACGGAGGGCUGCAGCAUUGUAUGUCGAAGCCGCUCAACCAUCAAAUGCGGUACGUAAUGAGCCGGAAAUGAGGCCGGCCGUCGUCCAAUGUGCGUGAAUAAGCGCUGACUGUCCCUCGUUGUCUUUUGCCAGCCUGCACCCACCUUACCACAUUCACAGCGGCGGCAGUCAAGGUACGCGUCAGCUGAAUGUCUACAAGUACGUCUUUCCUGCAAAUGGUUGUGUUUCGGCUUGGCUUUUUCCUUAGUUCACCCAGAAAUUCGAUCGCACCAACAUCGGGAUCGUCGCGCAAUCCGGCAGGUACUGGUCGACGUAUCAUGGACCACUAUGGACAUUCAUUGGGCUUCCUCACUUGAAUAUCCUUUCUUAGCCUUAUCAACGCCGACAUGUUCUCCAAUCCCGGGUUCUGGUACCUUUGGCUGGUGGUGUCCAUCCUCCUGGCGCCCUUCAUUCACCUAUAUCGGAAGGACAGGAAAGAUUACAAGCGCCCGAACGACAGACGUCACUAUUUCUUCCGCGAUGCAAUGGCCAAGGGGAACGAGGACUUCAUCUGCAACGUCCUGCCGCCUGUGGGCAUUUGUAACCAGCUCUUCAUGAUGCCACCCGUCCGCAUCAAUUGCUCCUCGUGCUACCGAGCUCUCACGUGCUACACAUGUCGGAGGCGCAAGAAGGGGCGCAACAAGGGCAGGAGCAAGCUCUACGCCAUCGGGGAUGCGGGCGCGGACGCCGCGCAGAAGUCGGAUGACGGCAUGGCUCGGAAAGACACCCUGGCCCGCAUCCAUGAGGCUGGCGCGACCACAGACCGGUCAGAUCACAAGCCGAAGAGCGACAAGGGUGGCGACCACAAGGUCCUACGGUUUGCGGCGGAGGAGGCAGCCCAUGGCGCUGCAGCAGCACCUGGGAUCAAGUACACCCGGACGGUGAGCAGCUCUGACCGUCACAUCGACUCGGGCAAGUCGGUAUCGAGCGAGGGCAAGGGGCAGCAGGAGGAAGUCAAGUACUGGGAGGUCAUCUCUGAGCAGGAGAAGGUCAGACGGCAAACCCUCGCUGCCAGCCUCAUCGGUGCGACUCUACUGUACACACGCCAUCAUGCGCAGGUCUCCUUACCGGGCGUGCGAAUGUAAUUGUGUGUGUGUGUGUGUGUGUGUGUGUACGAUGUGUGUAGGGCUACGGAACCUCAGGCACAGCAGGACCAUGGCUGACCAAAGCCCAGCCUCCCAUCGGCCGACGAAGAAGGGCAGCGGCGACCUCUGGAAUGAGGUACGUGACAAGAAGCACCUGCCAUUCCAUGACGCUAAUGACUUGACUGUGUGUCGUCUGUGAAGCCGCUGGUUGACAUCCCGAUGCUCCGUGCGAUGGGGUAUCGCGGGUCGGUCAAGGACAGCGAGCGCAUCAGCCAGGCCCUGUCAGUGGUCAAGACGGUGGCCAGCGUGCAGAUAGACAAGGAGAAGCAAAAGGCCAGGGAGCUGCUGGAUGAGGUCUCCCGCCAGCCGACCAGGCAGCGGAGCCGAAUGGGCAAGAAGGAGGAGGAGCAGUCGGAGAAGAGCGAGACCUCACCCAAGGGGGUAUGGGACAAGAUGAGGUCCUUCUUCGGUCAGAACAGCACACUCACACCAAUCUACCCAGCUACCCACAAGGAACACCCAAGCUUUUUCGCCCUUUUCAUUUACCAUUUUCAGGCCAGGAGAAGCCUCGACUGGCUGAGGGAGACUUCGAGCGCUUCAAUCAGCUGCUCUUCGCACACAGUCUCCAAAAGAGACCGCAAAGUGGUCGGCGCCCGACAGUGGGAGAUGGCAGCUAUACAGUUGCUGCGCGACAACCCAGAGUCAGCAGAGAGCCAGCCCGGCGCUGUCUCGUACCUCGAGACCGCACUUCGCCGCGAGACCGCCACGCAGCUCAAUGCCCCUCCACGGCGCAGGAGGGGUAGCAGCGCCGAGCUGCUCCCAACGUUCGUCAUUCCGCUCUCCUCUGCGUGUGUGCGCGUGUUGGAGAUGGACGAGAGCACCCGGCUGCACCCGCCGCAUGACAGCGAGGAGCUGUCGAGGCUGGUGGCGAUGCAGGCGUCGCUGAUGGGUGAGAGCGGUGACAAAGUUGGGACCAGCGAGGAGCAGUUCGUGGCGUGGGUGGUGACGAGUCGCUAUGAGAUGAUUUGCCUGGUACGUUGGUCAUGCAUCAACACCAGCACGCUUGUUUAUCUGCUGCCGUCACAUGUCUCUAUUUGUCUCUUGUUUCAGCAUCCGAAGGCUCACUUCUCAAUCCCAGACAUACAACACCUCAUCGACUGGCAGGUAGGCGAAGACCGAGACACACACACGGACUCUCAAUGUCUCUUUGUGCACUCAGGGCCCCCGCAUCCUCCUCUACAUGACCGACAUCAUGUCGAUCCGAUGGGACCCACCCUUGCUACAAGAUGCCGAGAACUUCCAGGACGACGGCGAGGUCGUAGUGCUCGGCCAGAACGACAAGGUCCUCCUCCGCCUGCAGAGCGCCGACCCAGAUUGCCGCUCCGAGGACCUCUUUCACUUUCUGACUGCGGUUCUCGAAGGCAACAUGGAGAUCCCUGAAGAAGAUUUGGACCUGGAGGAGGGCCACCAUGAGGACGAAAACAGGGAGGACGGAGAGGGAGACAGCCAGACGGCCUCGACGCUGGAGAAUCUCAGGGAGAGGGCGCUGCUCGAGUACUUUUCCCCGAACGAGACGCUGUCGCCUUCCUCCUCCUUCGACUGUAAGGUGUCAUGCACCUUGCAAGGGGGUGCGUCCAAGGCGUCGGCGAUCGAGGUUGAGUGCUGGCUCACACACGGGGGAGAGCUGCUGAGCAUCAAGCCGGCGACCAGCCCUGCGGAGAAUGGGGAAGAUGAGGCAGAGGAGAAGGUCUACAGCUUCAUGCUGAGGGAUCUGACGCCUAACGUCAGCAAGUACAGAAGCGCCUCGCCCGACUUCGAGUGGCCGCUUGCCGUGACGCUGCUCGCCGAGAAUGCCAAGGUCAAGCUCACCUUCACCUUCAUCCACCCUGUGCAGACACAGGCCUUCACGACCAACGUCAACCUGCUCAAGGGCCGACUCGAAGAUGCAGACCUCACGGGCACCGUGCUCAUGCAGAGACACAAAAUGCCGCAGCAGCAGGAAGGUGAGGGUGAGGAAAUCGACCGCUUCAAGGGCGGCAGCCGACUAUUUGACGACGAUGACGGAGCAGGUCAAGACCAGGAUCACGAGGCGCCUCCCCCUCGCCAACGCGAGCGCCGCGCGUCCAACGCCCUGUUCUACAUGUCACCCGAGGGCGGCGUGACCCUCCCCCACGCCGACGAAAUGGACGUCCCGGACGAGGAGAUCCUCACCCUCGAGGACCCCUUCACCGACAGCCCGACCACGAAGCCGCACAUCCCCAUGGCCGUGGCCUCAUCGGAUAUCCGGUCCACCAACAACGGCAACCUCCCAUCCAGCAGCCGUGAGGGCAGCAAUGACCAGGCGGCCACGAUGCGGGCCUUCAACGCCAUCCCCGACCUGGAGUCGCCCGUGCACAUCACCCCAGAGCGGGAUGUUAUCGAGCUGCCCACAGUCCAGGCAGUUAGGGAUGCGUCGUUCCUCUUCGAGACACCCACAUCACCUACCGCUCCCCAGAGACAGAGUGACCAGGCCGCGAAGCAGAAGUGGGACAAGUUGCCAGCGUCCCCGUCUAGCCGAGGUCUGACGGCCAGCCAGAUAGCGCAGCGGCCUGCUCUUGCGAUGGAGGUGAGCCCGAAGAACAAGAAGAUGACCCGGGCCGCCACGAUGGAGCGAUUCAAGAGAGGGGACGACCCGAAACACGCAGGUGUACGGGAGGGAUGGAAUGGGGAGGGAGCGGGGGGUGCCGUGGCUGGCUUUGUCUGACUAUGUGUGUGUUUGCUGGGUGCAGACUGAGACGAUCGCGAAACAGGUGCAGUAUCAAUAUUGGAGCCCCGGCCGUAUCUUCGCCAAACUCAGCCUCAGAGAGCACCCCGGUAAGAUCGUCCCCCGUUCUCAACGCCCACUUGAUGUGUAUGUGUGAGCGUCCUGUGCGUCUGUCUCAUCAGUCCCAAAGUUGUGUCCCUACAGCCCCGCCAUGAACCGGGUCCAGAGAUACUCCAUCUUCGCCGUCGCCCUCUUUGGCGGCUUUUUCUUCUCGUGUCUCUUCUUCAAUGGUCGAAACACUCUCUCACACGCCCAUACGACCCAUCCGUCCGUCAUCUCGAUACUGCCCCUGUCUGUCUGCGUGCCUUCAUUUUUUGAUUCGUUCAGUGGAUUGCGUGACCAAGCCGGAGGCAGCGGCGUGCAAGAAGCCCUCGUUCUGGGCGCCCUUCAUACCCAACUGGGAGAUGCUGUUCGCGAGCAUCUGGGCGGUGAUACUGUCGGUGCCGCUGCCGAUGCUGUUGAGGACUCUGUUCAUCAAACAAGUCUUCUGGCAGGAGCUGACGCAGAAGGAGAAAGACUUCCAGGUGUGUGUCCCCUUUGUGGGGGGGGGAGGGAGGGAGGGAGGGAGGGAGGUGUGGGUGUGUGUGUUUGUGUUUAUCAGAUAUGGUUUUGGCGCGUCAAGGACAUCAUUGCGUACACCAUCGUGUGGGCGUGGAUCACCUGGUGUGUCUACUUCCUCCUGCUGUUCGUCCUGGUAAGUAAGCAAAUGGCGCCAUCGACACGCAACGAUGAUGAUGUCUCUCUCGUCUGUGCUACCUGACUACCAUGUGUGUGUCUCAUACACAUAUUCAGAGUUUUGACCCCCGUGUGUACGAGAAGUGGAUGACGGCCUCAUUCUGGUCACUCCUGCACCGGUGACCACACAAACAACACAACAGCACAACAUGCCCCCAAACACCCUCGUUCAUUCGUGCGUGUGUCUCCCCCCUCACAGCAACGCCAGCGCCCCUCUGUUCCGCGCCCUGUUCAAGGGGAUCAUCCUGAUCAUAUCCCAGUUCACAUCCAUCUGCGACUGCUACCUACUCGCAUUCCCACUGGUAGGUCUUUCCAUGGCCAUGCACAACCCACGACACACAACCGACUUCUGUCUGUCUCUGUCUGUCUGUCUGUCUGUCUCCUGUGUGCGUGUGUUUAGGUGAUUGGUUUCACCGAUCCCUUGACGGAGGAGCAGCGUUUAUUGGAUCGGGAGCGUAAGAGGAAGAGCCUGUCGGACGAGGGGCUGCGGGAGGACGAAAUGGAGGACAUGGGCAUCGACGAAGGCGGAGGAAUGGAAUUCGGAGAAUAACCAUGAACGAACAGGGGGAGUGUAGUCGGCAGCUGUAUGGGACAUUUCUGGUUCUUUGUGCCUUCUGCGCUGUGCUGUGCUGUGCUUUGUGGCAUUGGGUGGGCUUGUUGGGCAGGGCAUUCAUCGCUGGGUGUGGUGUGCUUCGUCGAUUUGGUCGUGAGGCAGCUGGACCAGGUCAGGUGUGUCUGGAUUUGUGUGCUGUGGGUGUUAGUGUGUGUGUCGGUCAUGCACUCGAGCACUCGAGGCACUGCACUCGAGGGAAGGAGAGAUAGGGGGG